AUGGCCGCGGCACCAGAGACACAGCCUAAGCCUGUGGCGGCUGCUGCUGGAGAUGCGGCGGCGGCUGCUGCGACGACUACAACGAAAAAGCUUCAUGGGAGGGCAUUCUAUGAAAGUAUCGGCAGCCCCAAGUUUAUCGUUGCCCCCAUGGUAAACCAGUCGGAGUUUGCCUGGCGCAUGCUCUCUCGAUCAUUUCUCUCGGCCGACGAAAAGUCCAAGAUGCUCGCAUAUACCCCCAUGUUCCACGCCCGUCUCUUCUCGCAAGACCCCAAAUACUUCAAGGCGCACUUCCAGGCCACCCGCACAGGCGCGACGGACGAAAGCCGCUGGCUUGACGGCAAUCCGACCAACGACAGGCCGCUCUUUGUGCAGUUUUGCGCGAACGACCCGGAGCACCUCCUCACGGCGGCGAAGCAGGUUGCGCCGUACUGCGACGCGGUCGACCUAAACCUGGGCUGCCCGCAGGGCAUUGCGCGCAAGGGCCACUACGGCGCGUUCCUGCAGGAAGACCAGGACCUCGUUUUUAAGCUCAUAAACAAGCUGCACACAGAGCUUUCGAUCCCGGUCAGCGCCAAGAUACGCAUCCUCGAGACCAAGGAGCAGACGCUAGCGUAUGCGCAAAAUGUGAUCAAGGCCGGUGCUUCGAUCCUUACCGUGCACGGACGACGACGAGAACAAAAGGGACAUCUGACGGGGGUGGCAGACUGGCAGAUGCUCAAAUUCAUACGAGAAAACCUGCCGCCAGAGACGGUCCUCUUUGCGAAUGGCAACGUGCUUCAGUACGGCGACGUGGAUGCGUGCCUCGCUGCCACGGGAUUCGACGGCAUCAUGAGCGCCGAGGGCAAUCUCAGCGAUCCUGGCAUCUUUGCGAAGCCCCCUCCCGAGGGCGAGGAAGGCCGAGAGUACUGGCGCGGCAAGGACGGCCAGGGCGGCUGGCGCGUGGACGCCGUCAUGCGACGCUACAUGGAUAUUAUACACAAGUACGCCCUCGACGCGGAGCCGCCCUCACGACGCCCACUAUUCGUCCCCGGCGACGACGCCGCCUGGCUUACGUCCGACGAGACCGCUGAAGACGAAGGUAACGAGCGCGGCCAGAAGCGUCGCAAGACGGAAAACGAGGGCGUCGCCACCUCCGCCAAGAAGCAGGAAGCGUCGCCCAACCUCGCGGCCAUGCAGCCGCACCUGUUUCACCUCCUGCGGCACUUCGUCACCAAACACACGGACGUGCGUGACAUGCUGGCGCGCGCGCGCAAGACGGGCGUCGCGGGCUUCGAGCAGGUCCUCGACGCCGUGGAGCGGCGGGUGGCCGAGGGCAUGCUCGAGUACGAGCGGACAGACGGGCAGAGCUUCGCGGACGAGCUCAAGGCGCUGGCAGAGCGCCCGCGCGAGACGGCCGAUGGUGGCGAGAGCUCGAUGGAGGCGCUGCUCAAGUGCAAGCGGCCGUGGUGGGUGGCGCAGCCGAUUGUGAGGCCGCUGCCGAGCGAGGCGCUCGCCAAGGGGUCCAUCAGGCCGAGCAAGAAGGAGCUGGCGGACAAGAAGAAGAAGGGCGAGGGGCUGGAGGCGAGUGAAGAGGCACAAAGUGAACCAGCGAAGGAGGCUGCGGCGACGUAG